AUGUUUUCAUGGCACGACUUCAGCCUGGGGAGGAAGAAAGGAUUGAUUGAACGUAAGUUGAGCGAUGCAUUCAUCGUGUGUGUGAAUGAUGUGAAGGAGAAGGAGAAGGAGGAGGAGGAGGAGGAGGAGAAGGAGAAGGGGAAGGAGAAGGAGACGGAGACGGAGACGGAGAACAGAGAGACGGAGGAGGAGAAGGAGACGGAGACGGAGAAGGAGACGGAGAAGGAGACGGAGAAGGAGAAGGAGAAGGAGAAGGAGGAGGAGAAGGAGAAGGAGAAGGAGAAGGAGAAGGAGAAGGAGAAGGAGAAGGAGAAGGAGAAGGAGAAGGAGAAGGAGAAGGAGAAGGAGAAGGAGAAGGAGGAGAAGAAGAAGAAGAAGAAGAAGAAGGAUAGAGUGUUUUCAAAUGCAUGA